GCUUACAAUUUUUUUCUCUUUUAUUAGUAGAAGCCAGCCAAGCUAACCAAGAAGACAAAGCCAACCAAGCCAACCAAGCUAACAAACGACCGAAUGCAAAGAAUUUGCCUUGCGCUCUUGCUACUUUAGUUCCUUUAUAUAAAAAUUUAGGUUUAUUAGAAUGUGAAAUUAAAAAUUCACAAACAAUUCGACAUGCAGAUAGUAAAAAACCAAAAAGUCGCCUUCAAUUGUAUAAUGAUUUUUUCCCUGAAUUAAUUCAAAUUCAAACGCAUUUACAAGAUUUCUCUUUAUGCGAAAAGCAUUAUAACCAGCUUUGGCAAAUAAAUAGUAGUGAUUUUGACAAUGAAAUUGUUGAAAAGCAAGCUCGUACACAAUAUGCGCAUAAAACAAAUGUUGUUCAAACUAAUGAAGUCGGUGUUCAAGCUAAUCCAGAAACCCAUGAGAUCGGUAUACAGGUAGCCGACAUUAUGUUGCAUACUCUUGAAACCCGUGUUUGUUUUCUCCAAUCACAGCUAGAUUCAAAAGUAAUUGAGGUAGAAGACCUUAAAAACCGAUUAGAAUAUGCAUAUGACUAUGUAAUAGAAAGUUGGGGGCGUGUUCAAGAAAUAAGUAAAGUAAAUAAAGAACUAAUUGAACUAAAUAAUGCAUUGAAGUAUAAAUGGAAAAACCGUUAUGAUAGUCAAAGAAAAAGAAUUGAAUCUGUAAUUCAAAUUGCAAACGAGGAACGCCAAAAUGUUUAUGAUGAUAUCGAAUCAUUAAUUUUUAAUAAAGAACAGUUUUUAUUUAAUA